AUGAAAUGAAAUUGUGCCACCAUUAUUGCUCGACAAUCAUAGACCACUUCUCCCGAAUGUUAAAUACAUUAGACAAGGAGCACCCUAAGAAAGAGCAAGUGAAGGAUGCCUUGCACACUGCUGCUGCUCGAGGGCUUGUUGAGAUCUUUGUUGGCAUAGCAAAAGCAAAUCCUGAGCUCAUACAUCGCUGUGAGAUGUACAAGACACAUGCUUUCAUGGCGGCCGUUCAAAGUCGACAAUCGCAAGUUUAUCGCCUUUUGCAUGAAGUUUCUACUAAACAAGUGAUCGCAACUAGAGUUGGUUCUUCAAAGAAUACCAUGCUACACAUGGCUGGACUUCUCGCACCUUCUGAUCAACUAAGUAAGAUCCCUGGACCUGCUUUGCAAAUGCAAAGAGAACUACAAUGGUUUAAGGAAGUAGAGACAAUUACAUUGCCUCGACAUAAGUGGUACAAGAACACACAAGGAUUGACACCCCGAGAGUUGUUCACACAAAAACAUGAGCCAUUGUUGAAUGCUGGAGAAAAGUGGAUGAAAGAUACGGCAAGUUCUUGCAGUCUCGUUGGUUCUCUCGUCGCUACAAUAAUGUUCGCCGUCGCAUUUAGUGUUCCUGGAGGGAACAACCAAGACACGGGUUAUCCCAUAUUCUUGAGCAAAAAGUUGUUUAAGAUUUUCAUUAUAUCAGAUGCUAUAUCACUAUUCUCAUCAACUGCCUCUGUAUUAAUGUUUCUGGGAAUUCUUACAUCGCGUUAUGCAGAAGAUGAUUUCCUCAAAUCCUUACCAACAAAGCUAAUAAUAGGUCUUUUCACUCUUUUCUUAUCUCUUGCAACAAUGACUAUAGCUUUUUGUGCUGCCCUUUUAAUCAUGUUGCACAAAGAGACUGGAUUUGUCAUCACUCUAUUUUUCCUUGCUAGCCUUCCUGUGACAUUAUUUGGGUGGAUGCAGUUUCCUCCUCUGAUACAGAUUUUGAAAUCUACCUAUGGGCCAAGCAUCUUCAGCCCGAAAGUUCAACGCUGGCUAUAGAAUUUUUGUUUUGGUUGUAAGGAUAUAUUGGUGUGUUGAUGAUCAUUUAUGUAUUUAUUUGCUUAAUUAACUUGGAAAGAAACCUGUUUAUAUUGAGUGAAACUAAUAAGAACAUAUUUUGAU